AUGCUUCUGUGUGCCAUUUCGAUUCGCUUUUUGAAUCAGGAUGAGGUUGUCACAUCUGCCCUAAUUGCCUCUUCGCAGGUAUUGGAACGACCUCAAGCCCCUGUUCCCCGAGCACCAGUUACGCCGGUAACAGAAAAGCUUCCCAAUAGUGUUAUCAAGAGUGUGACUGACAUUCAGAAGAAGAAACAAGAGCCAUCGGGUGUCAAGCCUUGUCCAAUCUCCCGAAUUGCCAGUCUCACAGAAGCGGAGCGAAACCCCGAAAAGGGUCCGAGGCACAUGGUAUCUCCACCUUCGGGAGGCCCGUUGCAUCUAGUAUGCUGUUCCACCACCAAAGGCCCUUUCAAUGCUCUCGUUCACGAAAAUUGGGCCCCUCUUGGAGCCCAACGGUUUUUAGAAAUGAUUCGAACCGGCUACUUUGAUUCGGGCGUUCCCCUGAUGCGAUGUAUCAAGGGAUUUCUUUGCCAAUUCGGCUUGAAUAAUAAACCCCAAGUCUCGGAACGAUACAAAAAAAGAAUUCCAGAUGAUCCUCAGUGGCUUCCAGAAGGCACACAACACCGACAAAACGAACAAGGCGUCAAACGCUUUCCCAAGGGGUAUCUAGCGUAUGCAGGAGCCGGCAAGAACUCGCGCGACAAUCAAUUGUUUGUAGCCCUGGAAAAUAUUCCUACUUUGGCCGAAGAAGCUCCCUGGGAAGUACCCUGGGGUGAAUUGGUGGGCAAGAUUUCGUUCGAUACAUUUGCCAAAGUACACACGGGUUAUGGGGACCAUGGACCACCCCAAGGCAGAUUGUGGCGGGAAGGAAUGACAGAGGAUUCUCGCAAGGAGUUUCCAAAGUUGGACUACAUCACUGGCUGCUAUAUCGCAGACCAAGUGGCGUGA